UUUAUUUUGAAACCCUUUAACCGGAAAUAUUUACACCGUGCAUUGUUUCAUUUCGUAGUUUCCUUGCUAAAUAUUUACGUGUGAUUCAUUCCACCUAUCUAGUAAAUUACACAUUUCUAAAAUUGUGACAGCUGUCAUAAGAGUAUUACCACAUGUUGAAAUUAGCAUUUUAACUAUAUGUUCAGAGUAGUUACCGUUACGCUUAAAGUGUUACGCUUUAAUUUGUGAUCUGCAUAUGACAACACUAUAACAUUUGACCAAGUUACAUGUAUUAAAAUUACCCGAGGAUCUCAUAAUACGUAGACUGGGCUUCUGGAGAGAAGAAAUGUCAUCAGGGAGGCGGGAGAAUAAAACAACGUUACAAAAACAACAGCUAACCAACUACAUAAGUGACAGAGGAGUGGAUGAAAAACAUGAGCUCUGAUGAAGAUGUGCCGGCUGCAUCUAAACCUUCUCAUCUCAUAGGGAAGAAAGAGAACAUCAUUAAAGCCAGGCGAGUGGUGAAGUCCAUUGGAGGAAGAGAUGUUCUGGUGAUUUACCACCAGGGCCACUUCUAUGCUAUUGAUGCCCGCUGCUAUCACUCUGGAGGUCCACUUCAGGAGGGAGAUAUAGAGGAUUUUGAUGGACGGACAUGCAUUGUGUGCCCAUGGCAUAAAUACAAAAUUACAUUAGCUGAGGGUGAGGGUCUCUAUCAGGCUGUGGACCCUACUGUGAAGCCUCUGAAACCAACCUGGUGCUCUAAAGGUAUUAAACAAAGAAUCCACACUGUGACCGAGUCUAACGGAGACCUGUUCCUCACCCUAAAUGACUGUGCAGGGGCCGUUGACUCUGAUAUCUAUCAAACCGAGAAAUACAGAGACACUUUUUUGAAAAAAGGAGUGAAGAAAACAAAUUGACCUCUUAAGAAGACACAAAAAUCUCUCUGGUCUCAGUUGAUCUGCAGGAGGAAAUUAAUGUGUUCAUCGAAUAUUGUUCUACUUUUGAAAAUCUACUAAAUCUUUACUAAAGGCUAGUCCAGCUUAUUUCUAACUGGUCUGAGCUAGUCUUACGAUCAUACAAGUUGACUGACCAUUAACCAUUUUCCAAAAAACAGCCUGACAACUUUUAACAGGUAUAACCACGUUGCUGUUUUUCAUGCACAACACUGCAUGUUUCAUUUUUCUUUUUUCACGUGAGACGUUGUUCUAAUUUGACAAUUAGUGCCCUGCAAAGAUGACUACGCAAGCAACACAUUAAUGAUAAAAAUGGAUCUGUACGUGGAAUAGAAAAUUAUAAAAGUGAUUUCCUUUCCUUAAAGUAUUUAGCACAUACAAAUGUUUAUGUGCACAUAAUAUAGUCCUGCAAAACCAAGAGCAUUGCUUAGCCCUAUAAUACACUUAAACUCAGCUACAUGUCAGUAUGAGGACUAGUCAGAUUGAAAAGCAAAUUAUGUAAAAUGAAGGCUUCACUGUUCAUAAGUGACUUUUUUUCAGUACUUUUGAGAAUUACAACCUAAUAUAUUUUUUAAAAAAGAAAAAUAAUCAAAGGUCACCAAUGGUGAUAUAAAAAACAUAAUUCAGUGAACUUU